AUGACAUCGGUUGCACGGGCUGGGCACUUGGCCCCUUAUUUUAAGGCCACAUGUAAUGUUGUGUCGAAUGGCUUGAAGCCUGUUGUGGCUGUACCCACACCUGCAGACAAACUAGUUGUUCAGCCUCUGCCCAAGACGUCUACUGUGCAAUCGAUGAAUGGUGCCCUACCCAUCCAAAACCUGAAGGUGAAGCAUGUAUCUAAUUUGCCAACUCAAGUUCGUUUCGCGCAUUCGGACAUCGCGUACCCUGACUUUUCAGCGUACCGUCGCAAGGAAACUCUAGAUCCCAAGUCCAAAGCUGAUGAAAAUGUUGAUGGACGCCAGUCGUUCACGUACCUUAUUGCUGGAGCUGGCAGUGUUGCCGGAGCCUAUGCGGCUAAAUCCGUUGUUACACACUUCAUAUCCUCCAUGAGCGCUGCCGCUGAUGUCUUGGCUUUGGCUAAGAUUGAAAUCAAGCUGAAUGAAAUUCCUGAAGGAAAAUCUGUCACCUUCAAAUGGCGUGGAAAGCCCCUUUUCAUUCGUCACAGGACAGCAGCAGAAAUCGCAACCGAGAAAGCUGUGCCAGUAGACACACUCCGUGACCCUCAACAUGAUGACCAGCGUACACAGGACCCGAAAUGGCUGGUUGUUAUCGGAGUAUGUACCCACUUAGGAUGUGUACCAGUAGCAAAUUCAGGAGACUUCGGAGGCUACUAUUGUCCAUGCCAUGGAUCCCAUUACGAUGCAUCAGGAAGAAUCCGCAAAGGUCCAGCUCCUUUGAACUUGGAAGUUCCUCCUCACAGCUUCCUAGACGAAGGCAUUCUUGUUGUAGGC